AUGUAUUCAGCUGGCUCUGGGUCACAAUCUGUAGUUGUUGGUGAUUUCAACAACGACACUCGACUAGAUAUCGUUGUCGCCAAUUCGGGUAGCAAUGAUGUGAGUGUCCUACUGCAAUAUAAUAGAGGAGCGAUAGCAUAUAAAAUGGCGUAUGCAUCUGGAGGUGGAUCUAGCCUACAAUGCUUAGUGAUUGGGGAUUUUAACGACGAUACUAACCUGGAUAUCGUCUUAGCUAAUUAUGGCACUAAUAAUAUCGGCGUCCUUGUCGGAUAUGGAACUGGUAGUUUUGAAAACCAAAUGAUGUUCAGCACUGGUGCGAAUUCUCAUCCGAUUUCCAUCGCGGUUGGCGACUUCAAUGGUGACAGCAUAGCGGAUAUUGCUUUAGCCAAUAAUGGUACCAAGCAUGUAGAUCUGAUGCUUGGAAGUGGAAACGGAAAAUUUGCAAUUCAAACAAGUUAUCAAAUUAGUUUUGAUUCACCUCCGUUAGUGAUGGCUUCUGGUGAUUUUAAUAAUGACAAACGAUCGGAGAUCGUGAUUGCUAACGGUGGAAGUAAUCAUGUGGAUAUCUUUGUUGCGUACAAUCAUGGUUCUUUUGAAAAUCAAAGAAGAUAUUCAGCUGGCUUUUGGCCACGAUGUGUAGCUAUUGGUGAUUUCAACAACGACACUCGGCUAGAUAUCGUUGUCGCCAAUAGGGAUAGCAAUGAUGUGAGUGUCCUUCUUGGAAAUGGAAAUGGUUCUUUUGAAAAUCAAAGAAGGUAUUCAGCUGGCUCUUUUCCAGCAUCUGUAGUUGUUAGUGAUUUCAACAACGACACUCGCCUAGAUAUCGUUGUCGCCAAUUCUGGUAGCGAUGAUGUGAGUGUUCUUCUUGGAAAUGGAAAUGGUUCUUUUGAAAAUCAAACAAGGUAUUCAGCUGGCUCUUCUCCAGCAUCCGUAGUUGUUGGUGAUUUCAACAACGACACUAGACUAGAUAUCGCUGUCGCCAAUUAUUAUAGCAAUGAUGUGAGUGUCCUUCUUGGAAAUGGAAAUGGAAAUGGUUCUUUUGAAAAUCAAACAAGGUAUUCAGCUGGUUCUUGGCCACAAUCUGUAGUUGUUGGUGAUUUCAACAACGACACUCGACUAGAUAUCGUUGUUGCC